AUGAUAACGCGAGAGGAAAAUCGGAGAUCGAAAAUUCCUGCCGAUGAAGUAAACAUCCGCGGCCGGGUUUGUGUACAAUAUAUCUAGCACGGUAGCUAUUAAACUGUUCUGUUGGCUUUCACAGGCUGAAGAUUAUAUUGGAUUGAAGGGUAGCUUCGACGAUCAUAUCGGAUUAUUGAUGCGUGGGGAAGAUGGUGGACAGAAGACCGCGAUACAACCGGACCCAAGAGGUUUACCGAGCUUACCACCCAACCUGGAAGCUCGUCUACCACAACUCGAUCAGAGCUUGAGGAUCACGCACGCCGAAUGGUUGCCAGUCACGAAGACUAGAUUCAAAUUCUUUGUAUACUCGGCGUACUUCGACGACAGGGUUGGCGGAACAGGCGCGCCAACAGGUAAAAGUCAAGGGAUGGUCCGUAUAAUAAGCGCAACAAAGACAAGAGGACCAGAGCGUGUGAUCAGAGAAAAUUGGAACUUGAAGUAUAGUGCCUGCUUUGUGAUUUGCCCGUUGCCGAAAGAAUCGCCUACGUCCGACAGAGUGCCGGAAACAGUGAGCGUCGUUGCCAGGCUGAAAGCCUCGCCGACGAAUCGUAUCCUGGUGCAGAAUCGGCCCGAGACCAGGACGAAGGACAAGGAACUGUUGGCCGUUUGCGUGAAACCCCUGCAUUACGAUUACAACAGAAUGUUGCAGCUAAUAGAGUUUAUCGAGCUACACAGAUUGCUUGGCGCUAGCCACGUAACUCUAUACAACGACACGGUUGGCACAGAGGCCGGAUGCGCUCUCAAGUACUACGAAGCUAAAGGCCUCGUGACCGUGUUACCUUGGCAUCAUUUAGACAUGAUCUCGCAACGAGAGAUUCGCACGGAGGGAUUAUUCGCCGCUCUGAACGAUUGCCUUUAUCGAUCUAUGUACAAAUACGAAUACGUGGCGUUGGUGGACCUCGACGAGUUCAUUAUACCGAGGCACAACGACACGAUCAUUGAUCUCAUCAGGUGGAUGAGCAGUCGUAUAAAUACGAAAUCCACCGGAGCGUAUUCCUUUCAGAACGCGUUCUUCUAUCUGCAAUGGGCGGACGAUCCUUUCGUGGUGACCAGUCGGACGCCGAUAGAGGCCGGUCUGAUCACCCUGAGGAAAACUAGACGCCGAACGAAACUACACCCGCACAAGCAGCGCUCGAAAUACGUGUGCAAGCCGCAGGACGUCGUCGAGGCUGGCAAUCACUUUGUCUGGGAGUUUAUCCCGGGACACGGGACGCUGAACGUCCCCUCGGACGCCGCGAUUCUGCACCACUAUCGGGUCUGCGAAUUCGGCGGCGACGAUUGUAUAAAGACACAGUCGGUAGUCGAUAGGACGGCCUACAAAUACAAGGAGAGGCUAGCCGAGAACGUUGGCAGAACCUGGACAGACCUGAGCGCCGAUUGUUCGUUGCCGAAGUUAGAGCCAGUGCCGGCGAUCACGCCGCGGAUAAAAGCGAGCCCGGUGUUGAAAUCGGUCAGGUAG